UGUGCUUACCCUUGGCCAUUGUCUUCACUCUUCACCAUCACCACGCCCACAUCCACCACCACCAUUAGUGAUUGCAAAGAAGACAAAGGUACAAUCUUUUUAACAAAAAACCUCCCUAAACUCAAAAUCAAAACCCCCAUUUCACCACAACCACCACCUCAUCCUCCAUCCCUACCACCACCACCUCAAGAUGACGACUCACUUCUACAUCUUGCUUCCCAAGUCAAUCCAAGACCUAAAUCACCAAAGAAACUAGCUUUCUUGUUUUUGACGACUACACCUCUUCCCUUUGCACCUCCAUGGGAACUCUACUUUAACCAAAGUAGAAGUACUCUCUUUAACAUCUAUAUCCAUGCAGACCCAACUUACAAGUAAGACCCGCCGUUUACAGCGGUUUUCACAGACAAAGUUAUCCACUCAAAACUAGCUAAAAGAUCAACCCCCACUCUCAUAUCGGCGGUGCGUCGGUUACUAUCCCACGCGCUUCUUCAUGACCCUUCCACUUCCAUGUUUGCCCUUUUAUCCCCUUCUUGUAUUCCUCUACAUUCGUUCAACUUCACAUACAUCUUGACCAACUCGGGGAAGAAUUUUAUUGAGAUACUUGACAAUGAGGGUGGUGCUUAUGAUAGAUGGGCGGCGCGUGGGUCGAUGCUCCCGGAGGUGGGGUUUAAAGAUUUUCGUAUCGGGUCCCAGUUUAGGGUAUUAACACGUAAGCAUGCGAGGAUGGUAGUAAGGGACAUGAGGAUUUGGCCCAAAUUUAACCAAACUUGCUUGAGGGAGGACACAUGUUAUCCUGAAGAGAAUUACUUCCCUACCCUUAUCCAUAUGCAGGACCCGCGCGGGUCAGUUUCUGCCACACUUACAAGCGUUGACUGAAGUGUUAGUGCUGGUGGUCACCCACGUAAGUAUAAGGCGUCUGAGGUGGGCCCAGAUUUGAUAAUGAGCUUGAGAAACAGAAGGCCGAGGUAUGGUUACGAGGGAAUAAACGGCUCUGAUUUGUCAGUGAUGAAACGAAAUGACCCGUUCUUGUUUGCGAGGAAAUUUUCUCCUGAUUCGAUCCAGCCAUUAAUCAGUAUAGCGAAGGAUAUCAUCUUGAAUGAUUAGGACAAUGGCGUUGUUUGCCUUCAUGUCGUCACUGCUGGCUGCUAUGCAGGUUCCCAUCCCAUGGUGAUGGUUUUAUGUGUUUUUCACUUUCCUGGUGGGGCCAACUAG